CUCUGAAAACAAAACAGGAGAACCCACUGUCUGUAUGCCAGGCACUGUAUUGGGUUCUGUAGCUUUGAAAAAAUGGAGAUGCUGACUUGAGUCCCUGCCCACAAGGAGGUGGCAGAGGAGGCCAACUUGUGACCAGAGACCUGCCCGGUGACAGAAGAACACAGUAAGAGAGCCAGACGCGUGCCCUGGAUGCAAAGGGAAACCACAGCUGCCUGGAGCGUGUAAAACAGGUCAAGAGAGGGCCGUGGUGCUGAGCCUUGACUGCCGGAGCCGAGCCAUGCAGCGAGAGACCCUGGCCCUUGGCUGGGCCAUUGCCACCAUCCUGGCGCUGCAGACAGUGGCCGCAACCAAGUGCACCCCACGGACCCUGCACCACAAGGCCAGGGUGUUCGAGGACCUGAGUGCCCAAGAGCUGAAGGCCGUGCGCAACUUCCUCUGGUCCCAUAAGGAGCUGAGGCUGGAGCCUUCCCGAACACCGACCAUGGCCAAGAACUCCGUGUUCCUCAUUGAGAUGCUGCUGCCCAAGAAGCAACACGUACUGAAAUUUCUGGAUAAAGGUGGGAGGCCUCCCGCGCGGGAGGCACGUGCCGUCAUCUUCUUCGGAGCCCAGGAGCACCCCAACAUCACCGAGUUCGCUGUGGGGCCCCUGCCAUGGCCCUACUACAUGAGAGAGCUGCCCCCCAAGCCUGGGCACCAGGCCACCUGGGCCUCCAGGCCCAUCUCCUCGGCGGAGUAUGCCCUCCUGGGCCACGCCCUGAAAGAGGCCACGAAGCCCCUGCACCAGUUUUUCCUCGAUACCACAGGCUUCUCCUACCAAGAUUGUCACUCCCGAUGCCUGACUUUCACAGACGUGGCGCCUCGGGGCUUGGCCUCCGGCGAGCGCCGCUCUUGGUUUAUCUUGCAGCUCUUUGUAGAAGGCUACUUCUUGCACCCCACUGGGCUGGAGCUCCUCCUGGAUCACAGAAGCACCAACGCCCAAAACUGGACGGUGGAGCGGGUCUGGUACAAUGGGAAGUUCUACCGGAGCCCGGAAGAGCUGGCGCGGAAGUACGAGGACGGAGAAGUAGACGUGGUGGUUCUGGAGGACCCAUCGCCCAAGGGCAAGAGUGAAAAGAGCACGGAAGAGGAACCACCCCUCUUCUCCUCCUACAAGCCACGUGGGGACUUCCCCACCCCCAUCAAUGUGACUGGCCCCCGCCUGGUCCAGCCCCAAGGUCCCCGCUACCGGCUGGAGGGCAACACCGUGCUCUACGGCGGAUGGAGCUUCUCCUUCAGGCUGCGUUCCUCCUCGGGGCUACAGGUCCUGAACGUGCACUUCGGGUGCGAGCGCGUAGCCUACGAGGUGAGCGUGCAGGAGGCGGUGGCGCUGUAUGGAGGACACACGCCUGCGGGCAUGCAGACCAAGUACAUCGACGUGGGCUGGGGCCUGGGCAGCGUCACUCAUGAGUUAGCCCCUGGCAUCGACUGCCCGGACACAGCCACCUUCCUAGAUGCCCUCCACUACUACGAUGCCGAUGACCCGGUGCGCUACCCCCGAGCCCUCUGUGUCUUUGAGAUGCCCACGGGAGUGCCCCUCAGGCGACACUUCAAUUCCAACUUCAGCGGCGGCUUCAACUUCUAUGCAGGCCUGCAGGGCCAGGUGCUGGUGCUACGAACAACGUCAACAGUCUACAACUAUGACUACAUCUGGGACUUCAUCUUCUACCCCAACGGGGUGAUGGAGGCCAAGAUGCAUGCCACCGGCUACGUCCACGCCACCUUCUAUACCCCGGAGGGGCUGCGCCAUGGGACCCGCUUGCACACACACCUGCUUGGCAACAUGCACACUCACUUAGUGCAUUACCGCGUCGACCUGGAUGUGGCAGGCACCAAAAAUAGCUUCCAGACCCUGCAGAUGAAGCUAGAAAAUAUCACCAAUCCCUGGAGCCCCAGACACCAGCUGGUGCAGCCGACCCUGGAGCAGACAAGUUACCACCGGGAGCGCCAGGCGGCCUUUCGCUUCAGACAGCCUCUGCCCAAGUACCUGCUCUUUGCCAGUCCCAGGGAGAACCGCUGGGGCCAUAAGCGCAGCUACCGACUUCAGAUCCACUCCAUGGCCGACCAGGUGCUGCCCCUGGGUUGGCAGGAGGAGCAGGCUGUCACCUGGGCCAGGUACCCCCUGGCCGUGACCAAGUACCGGGAAUCAGAAGUGUGCAGCAGCAGCAUCUAUAACCAGAAUGACCCCUGGGACCCACCUGUGGUCUUUGAGGAGUUUCUUAAAAACAAUGAGAACAUCGAAAAUGAGGACUUGGUGGCCUGGGUCACAGUAGGCUUCCUGCACAUCCCCCACUCAGAGGACAUCCCUAACACUGCCACACCGGGGAACUCCGUGGGCUUCCUGCUCCGGCCUUUCAACUUCUUCGAUGAGGACCCAUCCCUGGCGUCCAGAGACCCUGUGAUCGUGUGGCCGCGGGACGGUGGCCCCAACUACGUCCAGCGCUGGAUCCCUGAGGAGGAGGGGGACUGCUUAAUGCCUGACCCUUUUAGUUAUAAUGGGACUUACAGGCCUGUGUGAAGGACCCCCGACUAACCCCACCUAGAAGCCCAAGUGCCCCCCAGGGACAGGCAACAAACCCCUCACGCUCCGCUCCUUGUGAGGCACAGGGGGCGAGGCCACGCAGUAGGUCAUGCAUGUGAGAUACACUCAGAUGAGAAAGCAAGUGGCCUUGACCUCCCUUCACCUUGGUCCACUCCACCCCAGAAAAGACCUCUAUUACUAGGGCGAAUGACACUCACCGAAAUACUAGAUUUACCUAGCAGAUUGGCUUUAAAAAAUAGACCAACAGCUGCGUCUUGGGAGUCUGCCGGGGCCUCUGGGAUGUCGCUGGUGGGCAUGCAAAGUGAUUCAGCCAAGGAAGACGCUACAGAAAGCACCUUUACCCCGUGACACACUGAUCCAACUCCUAGGGCUUUAACGCAGAGAUCUACCUACCAACACGGGGAAAACAUGAGCAUGUGUGAUUCACUACGGUAGCGUCCCUGAUAGCCAAGUCUGGAAGCAACCCAAAUAUCCAUCUACUAGUGAGAUCCUGCAGGUCUGAAUAAACAAUGCUGCAUCCACACAA